AUGGGAGACAACCCAAGCGAGCCAUCAACUUCUCUCAUCCAUUCCGCGUGUUCAACAGGACCCUCAGUUGGAAAUGAGGAAACGAGCUCAUGGCAAGAUGGAAAGGGUAAGCGCCACAACGGGAGUAUAGAACCCCAGACGACUCCGGUGGAUCUUCUGAGACCUUCAGCUGACAAGGCCACCGGAAACAGAAAAAAUGAACCCCUUGAUCGUCAGCACUGCGUAGUCGUCCAGGGUCUAUCGGAGUCGGAUGCUCCUACCCCGAAGGAGAGGAUCUCCGCUGACCUUAAUAUGCUUCAACACCUACUGAACGAAAUGCUUAAUUCGAAUGAAAAGAUAACCAUUCGCGCAGCCUUCAGGAUCGGAAAGAAGGUGAGCGAACAAUCAGAAACUGUGCGGCCACGACUUCUGAAAAUUGUUUUGAACAGUAAAGAGGAAGCUAGCUUACUUCUGUCCAGGAAAAGCAGCCUCCGAAACUUUCACAAGGAAGUUUUUUUUCAGCCGGACUAUUCUCCAGCGGAACGUCUGGAACGCCGCGAAUUGGUAACGGAGUUGAAGAGGAGACUUGCAGCGGGAGAGAGCAACUUGGCCAUUUCCAGGGGACGAAUAAUACAGAGGAACGCGAUGUUGUUUAGGAACCAGCCAGUCAUCAUGAUGGCGGCAGCAACAUAA